GUUUCAUCAUGACAUGGAGUUAGAUGGGAUGGGUUUCAUCCCAGAUUAAUGCCUCCUCCGGAUGUUCCGGUUUGCGGUUAUCCGCCUUCUAGUAUUCCUCCUAGUUUCCAUCCUGUAUUCAGAUGUUUGUUGCCUGGAGAGUACAGGGAUGAGGGAGGGGGAAGAUGACAAGGAUAUUUCAAGGAGUCAGGAUACAGGAGUUCAGAGGAACAAGGAAAACAAGGUUCAAAAUAUCUCCAUGGGAAGGAGCAAGAAGGGUACAUUGAAUAUAGCACAGGAGGGACUCCGCAGUACUCCAGGGGACCCGGAAAAAGGGAAGGAUGGGAUCAGGUUGAACAGUACUCAGGGGGACCCGGAGAAGGGUGGGACGGGAAGGGGGAGACCGGAGCAGGAGGAGUCCAGACUUCUCAACUACCUCAUGUCUACUUAUGACAGGGAGGUUAGACCUGUAUAUAACGCCAGCCAUGCUGUAGAAGUCCGUGUUGGAAUCACCCUCACUCAGAUAUUUGAUAUGGACGAGAAGAACCAGGUUCUAACCACUAAUAUCUGGUUGGACCAGGAGUGGGAGGAUCAGUUGCUAACCUGGAACCCGGAGCAGUUUAACGGAAUCGAAAAGAUGCUCAUCCCGUGCGAUAAGAUUUGGCUCCCCGAUAUAGUUCUAUAUAACAGCGCUGACGAUUAUUCCCAAACCUACUUCCGAAGUUUGGCGGCUAUUGAUCACGCCGGAAAUGUUUUCUGGCCGCCGCCGACGAAGUUCCGGUCGACCUGCCCUGUCGAUGUUAAGUACUUUCCGUUUGAUGAUCAGACUUGUAACCUCAAACUCAGUUCUUGGAUGUACGAUGGAACCAAGUUGAAUGUGAUGAAUCGAACCUCUAAUAUUGAUCUGGAGAACUAUGUACCGAAUGGUGAAUGGGAACUACUGGAAGCUCGACUUGUAAGAACUGAACAGUAUUAUCCCUGCUGUAUCGAACCCUAUCCUUCGAUGACCGUCACCAUAAGGAUCCGACGGAAGACCUUGUACUACAUGUACAACAUCGUGUUCCCCUGUAUGAUGAUGUCAAGUUUGACCGUGCUAGUUUUCUGUCUGCCUCCAGAUUCAGGAGAAAAGAUUGCUCUGGGAGUAACAGUCAUCCUUGCCUUCUCCGUCUUUAUGCUUGCAAUAGCGGAGAAAAUGCCGGAGACUAGUGAAUCCAUUCCUCUAGUAGGAAUCUACUUGACCUUUGUGAUGGCUAUGACGACUGUAUCGGUGAUUAUGACGGUGAUUGUUCUCAACUUUUUUUACCGAGGGCCGGCCCUGUAUCCUGUUCCUCAUUGGGCUAAAAAGUUUAUCAUGAGUAAGGGCACUCUCUCCAGUCCAAGCUUUAUGUUCAAAGCUCAGGUGGACGCAAGUGGCCGUCAAGGAGCUAGUAGGCCUGGAGGUACCCGGAGAAACUGGCAGAAUUUUACUACCAGAUACAACCUGGAUAUUCUUAAAGAUCAUCUACUUAGAGCAACCAGAAGAGAUGAAAGUAAUGGAACAAUUCCUAGCUCUCCGCGCCUCUCCUCCCUUCAGCUUCAGCUCCCUAGAGCUAGAAGUAUAGAAGUAGAAACUCUUCCUUUCAUGGAUGCUCAACCAAACUCAAGCAAUAAUAUUCACGGACAAAACCAUCAGGAGCAAGAUGAUGUGAAGGGAAUCCUGGCACCUGACGAGGAUCUGUACAAGGUGCUCAAACUCCUCCUCGAGAAGGAGGAUCAACAAAACAAAGACGAUCUCAUCCGCCGCGAAUGGCGGAUGUUGGCGGAGAUAAUUGACAAAUGGUUGUUUUGGGGAUUUUUCUUGAUAACCACCCUUUCCACAGCAAUCUUUAUUGUUAUCCUUCCGUACGGAAAACGAGGAAAGUUCUUUUAAGUGAAACGAGUGAAGACGACGGAGUAGUACAGAAAAGGAAAUCCGGUUUGCCGUAUCACGUGACCAAGCUGGCAUACAUCGGAGACACAAAGUCGAUUAAGAUCAUCUUAUUUAUAAACUACAGCAUUAAGGCUUUCCUUAAAUGGAGUGUUCGCGAAAAAUGAAAGGGGUAUAGGCGAAAAAUAAGCGCUUUUGAUCGCUACUAAUCUUACUUCUAUCUGUUGCGUCUAUAAAGAGAAAAUUAGUAAAAAAGACUGAUGCUAAAGAACGUAUAGCGUCAAGACAAACUUAGAAAAUUACAACAUUCAACUCGGAUCGUAUAAUAAUCAUUUUAAUUCCAAACAAAUCAUUUAGAUAUUACAAACAAUGGUAA